CACACUCUCCAGCCAGGAGCGGGAGCCACCAGGCCCUUUUCUGGGAGUCAGAGAAACUGGUCUUAGAGCAGCACCCUCCCUUACCCCCAGGCUGCCCAGGAAAGCCCAGAACCUCUAAUGGUGGGUCUCCUCUGGAGGCUGGGGCGCCUCACCCAGCAUGCAGUGGGGCAGGCCUAGGCUGGAAUGUGCCAGGAGCACUCACUUGGGACCUGGUUGUGCCCCGCUUGGCUCGCUAAGCUCUUGGGGCUGCCGCCCCUUGCGAGGUUAGAGUAUUUGCACCCAUUUCACUGAGGGCCAAGCCAGGUAGAAGUUAUGACCCACCAUGGUAUGAGAAGGGCUCAAAGUGACACCGAAUCAGGACCCAGGCUUGAGACAGCCUUCUCACCUUGCCCACACUCUGAGGCCAGAGCAGCCCCGGAGCCAGUGAGAAAGGAAAGGCGGGAAGGCGAGGAGGCUCAGUGGGAAGGAGGGAUGCGGCCAGGCCAGAAAGGGGAAGUGACUUUCCAGGAUCACCAAGAUCACAGGGGGAGAGGGGGUCUCAGCAGAGGCCAGAAAAGGAGGACCCCACCCCUCCGUGGGUGGGGCUGAGGAGCGCUGAGAGGUUGGAGCGGCUGGAGGGCAGGGAGAUCCCUCUCCGGGACAGCGGAGGCUCAUGGAAGCAGGAGUGGGGCGGUGGGGCAGGCGCCCUGGGGUCCGGAACCGGCUGCUGUGACCGCUGCCCUCCCCGCCCCCUCCCCCCAGCAGCUCGGCGGUGACGUCCAGCGGGGCGGGGACGGGAAAGGGAGCCUGGCCCUUUAAGCGGCGGGCGGCCCUCGCCCCGGUGCGCGUUGCUGCGGAAUGCGGGCUGGUGAUGUCGCGGCGCCGGGUCGGUGCGCCCCCGCGGCCCGACUCCGCACGCGCCGCCCUCGGACCCUGGCCGGAGACCGCGGCGGGAGCGGCCCCUGCGCAGAGGGGGGCUUUGCCACCUUCUCCUCCUGCUUCCCCGGCCUCUGUGAGGGCAAGCCUGCUGCCCUGCUGCCCAUGAGCCUCUCCCAGCCCUGCCUGCCGGUGCCCAGUGUGGGCCUGACCCGCAUCCUGCCUCACCUCUACCUGGGCUCUCAGAAAGAUGUCCUGAACAAGGAUCUGAUGACCCAGAACGGAAUAAGCUAUGUCCUCAACGCCAGCAACUCCUGCCCCAAGCCGGACUUCAUCUGUGAGAGCCGCUUCAUGCGCAUUCCCAUCAAUGACAACUACUGCGAAAAGCUGCUGCCCUGGCUGGACAAGUGCAUCGAGUUCAUCGAUAGAGCUAAGCUGUCCAGCUGCCAAGUAAUCGUCCACUGUCUGGCCGGCAUCUCCCGUUCUGCCACCAUCGCCAUCGCUUACAUCAUGAAGACCAUGGGCAUGUCCUCCGAUGACGCCUACAGGUUCGUGAAGGACCGGCGCCCGUCCAUUUCGCCCAACUUCAACUUCCUGGGCCAGCUGCUGGAGUAUGAGCGCAGCCUGAAGCUGCUGGCCGCCCUGCAGGGUGACGGGGCGUCCCACCCAGGGACCCCCGAGCCCCUCCCGGGCCCUGCGGCCCCACUGCCGCAGCUGCCACCACCUACCUCAGAGAGCGCUGCCACCGGGAGCGCGGCGGCCAGCACAGUCCGGGAGGGCGCGCCCGGCGCGGGCGGGGAGCUCCCCGCGCCUUCCUCCAACCCCGCCACCAGCGCGCUGCAACAGGGCCUUCGUGGCCUGCACCUGUCCUCCGACCGCCUCCAGGACACCAACCGCCUGAAGCGCUCCUUCUCGCUGGACAUCAAGUCGGCGUAUGCCCCGAGCCGGCGGCCCGACGACCCCGGGCCCCCCGACCCUGGGGAGGCCCCCAAGCUCUGCAAGCUGGACAGCCCGUCGGGGGGCGCGCUGGGCCUGCCCUCGCCGGGCCCCGACAGCCCGGACGCGGCGCUGGAGUCGCGCCCGCGCCUCCGCCGGCGACCGCGGCCUCCAGCCGGCUCCCCAGCGCGCUCCCCCGCGCGCGGCCUCGGCCUGAACUUCGGCGAUGCCUCCCGCCAGACUCCGCGGCUCGGCCUCUCGGCCCUGUCGGCACCCGGGCUGCCCGGCCCCGGCCAGCCGGUGGGCCCCGGGAGCUGGGCGCCGCCGCUCGACUCUCCGGGCACGCCGUCGCCCGACGGGCCCUGGUGCUUCAGCCCGGAGGGGGCGCAGGGCGCCGGCGGCGCGCGGUUCGCACCGUUUGGCCUGGCGGGCGCGCAGGGCGCGGGGGGCGGCGACCUGCGGCGGCGAGAGGCGGCACGGGCCGAGGUCCGGGACGCGCGGACCGGCUGGCCAGAGGAGCCGGCCCCGGAGACGCAAUUCAAGCGCCGAAGCUGCCAGAUGGAGUUCGAGGAGGGCAUGGUGGAGGGCCGCGCGCGCGGCGAGGAGCUGGCCGCCCUGGGCAAGCAGGCCAGCUUCUCGGGCAGCGUGGAGGUCAUCGAGGUGUCCUGACGGUGGCCGGGGACCGGCGCCCGGCGCUCCGCUGCCCUCCGCCCCCUGGUCUGGGCCGCCAGCAGCCGGGCCCACUAUAAAUAUAUAUUAUAUAUAAUGCAAAGAAAGGUAAAUGGUUUUACUGCGAUUUUUAUCGAGAAGUAAAUAUUUCGAUUUUUUUAUUUAUUUAAGCUGUUCAUUCUGGCAAUGAUUUGGCAACAGUGCGGGCGGUCCUUGGAGCUCUAUUUUUACUGUCUGGUAUUUAAACUGAAACACCCGUUUCUAAGCAAUAUGAGGCCACCUUCAGUCCCGAGCUGGGGUGCCAGGCCUGGGGUCCCCUCCCUGCCCCCUCCCUCCCCCAGGAAACACUGCUGACCGUUGCAAAGAGGCUGCCGAGCUUUUGUGCACUUUUUACAUAAGAAAAAGGGGGAAAAAGGAGAAAAAAAACUUUGCCACAAACUGAGCCUCAGAACCUCCCUGUCCCUCCCCGCCCCCUCCUCUCCACUCCUUCUCUUCUGCUCCUGUCUCAGGCUCUGCACCAAAGCCUAGGUGGGGGAAGUGUGCCAGGAGCUGGGGUGUGGCAGAGGAGGCUCUGCCGGCUGGAGGCUCCCCCUCACCUGCCCUCCUAUUGCCUCCCCUCCCCCGCCCCGUUGCCUGGUUGGUGUUACAGGCAUUGGGCCUGCAGAGGCUAGGGUGUUCAGAGGGGCUGGGGAUAGAACAGGGUAGGGGCGCAGUGAAGGGGGCUCUUGAGUGUCAGAUGCUGUGGGUCCCCAGGGCAGGGAUGGAGGUAGAGUGCCCCCCCCCCUUGCCUGAGCCCAGGUCCGGUUUCCUGGGUUCAGCAAGGCUGUUGGGUAGACACUGCUCCCCUCUCCUCCACUUUGCAGGUGCCCCCAGCGCCACCUGCCAGGUUGGGGAAACAGCUGGAGUACAGGAGCUUGGCCCUGGGGCAAUCAGGCGGGAGGAGCUGGGCUAGCCAGUGCUGGCUCCAUUGGUCAGAGGGCAGAUGGAUUUAGAGUCUUGUUCUGGGCUCUUCCUGCACCUAGCCCCAGGCCCCAGGUCAGACUUCAGGUAUGUUCCUGCAGGUGGGGCGGUGGGGGGGGGGGGUUUCUCCACGAGGAGCUGGCUGCCUCGCAGUGGGAGGAGGCAGUUAAGCACCAGUCAGACCCUUGUGCUUCUGGGGGCGGGGGUCCUCAGCUUUGAUAAGGACCCCUGACUCAGGCAGGUGCAAGAGGUGGCCCCCAGUCCUGCCCCUGGCCCUUGGGGUCCUCGGAGAAGAGCAGCUCCUAUACUCCCCUUUCCUGGGGAGCACUCACCUCUGUAGCCUCCCUGGGGUCUUCCAGGUGGUGUGCCGGGGGCUUUUUGGCCUGAGUGGGCCAGCCUGGUGGGAAAGGCAGGGAAAAAACUCCAGCCACCCCCUGCCCCACACCCUCUCAGGUCACAGGGACCCACGGCUUUUGGAGGCAGGAGUAGAUGACCCCCAAUCUUCAGAUGUCCUGGAGUCUAGGGGUGGGGGCUGGUCACCUUGGGAAGAGGCCAGGGGCUUGGUAGGAGGGGUGGCUGGGGAGGACAGAGUCCUCAGGCAGCGGCCUCUGUGGCUGUUUCUUCUGUUUGUCCUUCUGUUGACCUGCAUCUCUGUGCACCUGCCAUCCCCCCUUUAAGCAAAAGUCCUUUCCGGUUCCCUCCGUCCCCACCCCAUUCCCCAAGAAAAUAAGCUAUCAUUGUUGUGUUUGCAAUCUAUGGAUUAGAGAUUUAAGUAUUUAUUGUUAUUGGUUUAUUAUUAUUAUUAUUGAUUAUGUAAAUUUGCCUUCUGUCUGUCUAUCGCGUUGGGUUUCUGAGGUGACCCUGGGUGUGGAGGAUGCACUGGUCCCCGCCUCCGCGCCCCCACCCCCGUGCUGUCCAGGAGACAGUGGUCUGGGGCCACUGGUUGGGCCCCAAAACUCUGGAGGCAGGUCCCGCAGUCCCGGUCCUUUCCUCCCUCUGCCCUUUCUCAGGGCGGCCAGCAUCUCUUGUGACUUCUGUCCUGAGGUGUGGGGGGCUCUUGCCCUUGAGGCACGGGUCACCCCAAAGCAAGCAGCUGCACUGGGGGGAGGCCUUGUCUCGGCCACCCCCUCUCCUGUCCUGGGGGGACCGGGCCCUGGCACAAGCCCCUCCCUGGCCACUUCCACGCACUGCCCAAGGCGGGGCGGGGGCCGGGCCCUAGCCCUCUCCCAAGUCUCUCGGCCCUCCUCCCCUCCCCCAUACCUCCCCACCCCCCCCCCACUCCCCCGGCCCUGGCAUUGGGGGUUGCCCCACAUUGGAUCCGCCCCCUCCUAAUAUUUGCUGGAAAGUCCAGCGGAGGAGAGGUGGCAGGUCCCCCGCAUGGCUCCUGGUCUCUCUGGACUGGGUGGCCCGCCCCUGCCUCAGAGCCCGUCCCCCAGCGCGGCCACACUCUGCUCCCCGACCUGUCCCCUUCUUUUGUAUUUGGAAACGACGUGUUGUAAUAAAUCCUGAGAUGGAUGUUUUCUCCA